AUGGCUGCUGUUGCGCUACUGCUGGCGCUGCAUCUAGCAGCUGUCAGCGCUGGAAAAUGUACAUCUGGCUUCUCAGUGGUUGCUCCAGAAGUGGCGGUCCCAGGGAAGACUACAGCCAUCCUCGUCACUCUCCAUGGAAGAGCUGGAGACAAAAACUUGGACCCACUGAAUGUAACCGUCAGGUUGGAAACCCAAGACGCUAAAAAUGACGUCAAGUUGCUGACAACAGCAAGCCAAAUGAUUACUGGAUACGGCAUCAUUCCUCUCAAGAUCCCGUCAUCGCCUGCCAGUCACUGCACCCUGCACACCACGGUGGGGUGUCUGGGCAACGAGGAGUGUACGGCUAAGAGUCACAGCGUCAUCAGACUUCUGGGGCCAGUGAGAGACGUUAUCGUCAGACCCGCAAGGCAUCAUUAUAGGCCGGGUGAAACAAUAACAUUCUGGAUUCUGGCGCUGGAUCAUGACUUGAGGCUGGUUCGUGAGGAGUUGGCGUACGUGUCUCUGAGCGAUCCUGCUGGCACGAAAGUAGCAAUUUGGGAACAACUGUCUAUGGAUGAAGGAGUUCGCAAACUUAGUGCCAUCCUUGCCACUGGUGCUCGCUCCGGUACUUGGAGAAUCGAAGCGCGCUGUGGAGGAGGCUCUGCAAGAGUGGACCUCACCGUUGGCACCAAGGUUGGAAACUCAGCAUCGGCGGCUCCAGCAGCAGAGCAGCAUUACGUUGAGCUCCGGUUUGCUGACAGCAUGCGCAGGCGCUACAAACCUGGAUUGCCUUUUGUGGGACGGGUCGAAGCGAUGAGCACAGAGAAGCGUGUGAGAGUGAGAGUGAAACUGUAUGACGACAAGACGGACAUCUACAGCCAAGAUAUCGACAUGUCGACUGGGGAAGGAGGGUUCAUCGUCCCCACGGUCAUGGCUGACGCACCAUAUGUCAACUUACAGGCGGAGUUGGUAGCUGUCGAAGGGAAAGAGAUAGAAACCCACUAUGUCUUAGCGCGAGAAAGAAUAAGAAGAUGGAAUUCUACAUCGAAAUGCUAUCUUCUAGUCGAGAACUUACCCACACCAUUACAGGCCGGUGGUAUAGCAAGUGCCAGCGUGUGGUCUUCAUGUGGAUGCCGUCAGCGACUCCUGGCUGCGGUCACCAGCGGCGGCCGCGCUGUCCACUGGGCGGCCGUGCCAGCGCCCAGCCCGGCUAACGAUACGGACCUAUGCAGAUUCAACUAUACAUUCCCGGUGACGGCUGACAUGGCUCCUGUCAGCUCGUUGCUGGUGUAUUACGUCACGGAGGCGGGAGAGCCCGUGAGCGACGUAGCUAGCUUCCACGUCAAGCUGCUUCAUAAAGAGGUCGCGGUAGCGGUGGAAGAACGCCGAUGGUGGUACCCUCGUGCCACGCUGCAGUUGCGAGUGUUAGCGCCACCCGACUCUGUCAUGUGCCUGAUUGGCGCUCGGUCGCCGCCUGACGCACGCUUCGACCCACACCAGACCCCGGACGAGCACGAAACUCAGCCAGGGCCAGAGUUCGUCUCAGCCGGAGUUUCCCUCUUCGUUGGAGGGGGGGCCUGCGGUGGUGGGGUGCUGUACCGACAGCGGACUGCCCCGGCCCCCCACUCUCCGGCGCAUCUAGUGCCCCCAGCUAACCACGAUCGGCUUUGGAUGUGGAAGUGUUUUAAUUAUACGUCACAACUCUCCACCGAUGGAGUUACCAUCUCCGCUCCUUCCGAAGCCGGUCGCUGGUCACUCUGGGCUCUCUCUCUUUCCAACCGUGGUUUAAGAUUCUCUUCUCCUAAGAGCAUCAACGUGUUCCGACCGAUACAGCUGGACUUCUCACUGCCACCGGUGUUAAAGGUCGGGGAGACUGUAGAAGUCGAUGUGAAGAUCACGAAUAAUAUCAACAACUGUAUGGAUGUGACCGCCCUUCUCGCCCUAAGUGCUGGUGCGGCAUUCGCCAGCACCGGUGCCCUCUACGUCACUGAAAGACUAAGACUUGGCCCACGAGGCGGUACCCAGCUGGUUGUCAGGGUCGCUGUCAACACCCCUGGCAGGAAGAAUAUUACCGUGGAGGUGACCGGCUACAGUGCCGACAACUGUUCCGUGUCCUACACUUCUUUCAACAAUGAAACUCUGGUUGGCUCUGUCAUCAGAUCUGCUAGUGUUCUUGUUCUGCCUGAAGGUCUACACAGGAGUGAUACACAAAGCGCUUACUUUUGUGCUAAUGAGCAUCUAGCAGUGUCAACUCGUGGCUCAUGGGAUUGGCAGUGGGUGGCGGCACCAAGGAACCGUGCUGGCUUAGUUCUGGAGUUACGGUCUCAGGGAGCCGCUCAUGUCGCACUGUCCGAUGUGAGGGAAGCCUCGGAUGAUAUGUACAGAGUCGUGUUCGAGAGGAGCCGGGUGUGGAUUGCUAAAGGGAAACACGGUUACGACGUUCACCUAGCAAGUGCAGAACAAACGGAAGGCGACGAAGAAUGUUCUGGAAGCGACAGUUGGUGCGCCUGGUGGGUUUGGUGGGAAGGUGGAAGAUUGUCUGUGGGGAGAGGCGCCGCUCCUUCGGAAAGAAGACUCCUGGUGUGGCCUCUGACUGCUGAGAUGAGGAUAAAGUAUGUGGGCUUCAGCGCGCUUUGGGGUGACAAGGCCGAUUUCAGGAUAUGGAACUUCAACGAAGAGGCUGGCUUCUCACAAGUCCUCGAACUAGGUCUUCCUCACGGAGUAGUCCCUGGUUCCGCUAGCGGAACUCUCCUCGUAUCUGGAGGUCUACAUUUACCUCUGUACAGUCUACAAACAGACUCGACGGACCAAUGGGCGGAGGUCUGGAGGGAUUCUCAGUUGUCUGCCGCUUCGGCCAGUUUGGCACCGUUGCUGGCUUUGGAACAUAUUCCCCAUUUGGUGGAAGAAGCCGAGAGGGAGAGGAUAUUGAAGAAGUUACCAGAACAGGUUCAAGUACUUUUAUCAUUCCGCAAAAGUGACAACUCAUUUAGUGACCAUCCAGCCAUGAGCAGUCAUUUAUCGACAAUCAAAAUUCUGGAAAUUCUAACAAAAAUACAAUCUUACUAUCCAGUCGAUCCUGAAUUACUCCAAAAUAUAAAGAAAUGGAUACAAUUGAGACAAAACGAUGAUGGAUCAUUCACACCUUUAGCUGCUGAUAAAGAAGUUGAUUACUAUCCAGUUGAGAUGAAGAAAGCUAAUGGAACUGAAAAAGAGGUUGAUGUUAACGAAUAUUACUAUUAUGAUAAAGAUGGCAAUAUGACUGAAGAAGAAAUAAAAUGGGAAAGAACGGUGGAAGUGACUGCUGAAACUUUAGUUGCUUUGCUUGAAGUUGGGGUCGAAAAUCAGGUGGAUGCAGAUAUUGCAAAGAAAGCACAGACAUAUUUGGAGAAGAAUUUACACAAUUUGACAUCACCAGCUGCUUUAGCCGCCGCCGUUUUAGGACUUGUUCUUGCAAGAAGUCCAAUAGUGCCUGAAGCACUAGUGAUUUUGAGAAAUGCAUCAACUACAGAAGAAGGAGAAUUCGGCUGGCCUACACCGAGGAAGGACGCUGCUGAUUGGCUUUUGGAAGAAACAACUCGAAAUAUUAAAACAACUUCUUAUGAAGCGGUAACAAUGGAGCAAUACGUAGCAGGUGUCAGAGUACUCUUAGCGGCUUGUGCUAGAGGCGCAUUAUCUGAAGGAGAAGCGGCCGCUAGAUUCCUCUAUUACAGAGCAUCCACUUUACAAAGACACCCUAGUCUGGCAUACAGUGCGACCAAAGCCGCGGCGCAAUAUGCUGCUUUGGCUCAUGACAGGCACAGAGCUCUAACAGUGUCUCUAGCCACAGCUGGAAUGGAGUUGACAGAUACAUUGGAGUUAAGAGCGCGGACUCCACCCAGACCGUUACAACUCCCUGGUUUACCAACGAAAGUGUUCGUGUAUGCUACUGGAGCGGGGUGUGCUACUGUGCAGGGUACAAUAUCCUAUUCCACCUACACUCCAAAGCCAGAGAAUGCGCUGCUCAACAUACAAGCGGCUAUAAUUGAGGAAAUUAGACCAGAAAGGAGCAGCAUCGAGGAUUUACAAGGGAACUUGCCCACUUUGAUCAUCAAAACUUGCUUCAAGUGGAAAGGCAAAGAACGAUCAGGUAUCUUGCGCCUCGAGUCAUCUCUAUUUUCCGGCUACGAACUACAUUCAGUGAAUCCUGUCGUUUUGGAUGGAGCCACUUUUGCUGAUCUUCAUUAUGGUUCCAGAGGGGAGUCCGUUUGGUUCGUGUUUGCUAAUAUCAGCUCUACAUGUCCUGUUUGCGUUACCUACGAAGCAAGGUCUAAAUACAUAAUCACCAGUUUACGUCCAGCAUUUGCUAAGAUAUAUCCAUCAACCCGACCAGAUUUGGCUGUCGAAACCUUUUUUCAUGCAAGACCUGGAAGUCCACUCCUCAGAGGAAUCACUGACGAUGAUUUCAUCACUUGGUUUGACAAAACUGAACUUGCAAGUCUUAAAACAACGGCAAACAUAGAUAAUAUUUGUGAAUGCGGAAGGAUUUGCAGUAGAGAUUACGAAUUCAGAAAACAUUUUGAAACUACACAUGUUGACACUACAGCAACAAAUACACCUUCAACAACACAGUCUUUAACAACUCAGUCUACUGCUAAUCUAACAAAAAUUUUGACAACAGAAAAUUCAGUUGACACUGUUGAACAUACAGUUACUACGGAAACAUUAACAACUGUUGUGACUACUGAACCUACUAAUUACACAACUGCUAUUGUCAAAGAAAAACAUAAUGAUGAUCCAAUUAUAAUACCCACAGCGACUUAUGUGAAUGCCUCACAUGAUCAAAAAAUUGAUAAUAACAUCAUGCCUCUUGUACUGAAACCGAAUGGUGAAUUGAUAAUCCAAAAGGUGCCAAUGUUGAAGUCUUUACCUAAAAAAGAAAAAGAAAAUAAUAAGAAAAAAUCUCUUCCACGACGAAAAGGUACUCUCAAAGCUACGUAUGGUGAUAAGCAGGAGAAGUUCUUUGCUAAAUCUAAAGUUGCUAAUAAUAACAUUACAACUGGCAAUCAAAGUGGCAUCGUAAAAUCUGUAAUUUCAUUUAACCCAAAAUCGAUGACUUCAACUAUUAUUAAAAGUCAUCUAAAUGUAUCUAAUUCAAAUUCCUCCAAAGCCAUUAAUGGAAAAAAUGUAACUAAAGAUUUACAGCAUAUCAUAAACCACGAAAACGUUACGAAUGCGAUUAAAACCCAUCUACUUGCACAUUCAGAAAAUUCUACCUUUCCGCACACAAUAACUGCAAUAACGAACAGUAAUAUUAAAACGAUUCAUCUUAGAACUAAGAAACCAAAAUCAGAUUCGCAAAAUAAAAAUCCAAAAGUUGAAAAAAGUCACGGCACAAGAAACAUUACACAAAAUUCAACUUUAUCUGACACUAAAAUAAAUAAUACAAAAAUGAAAAUAUCCCAUCUCGAUAAAGCAAAAACCUUGAAAUCAAUAAAUAAGGAAAUUCAUAAAGUACCACCAACGCCUAUUUCUGAAACUUCGAAGAUUUUAUCAGAUCCACCUAAAUCAGACAUCGCACCUGAAAAUAGAGGUGGCUUUGAAAUAUUGGAUAAGAAUAAUAUAUGGGAACUUCUAAAAGAGGGUUCUGGUCUUGAUAAAUUAGACGAUAAGUUACAGAUACAUAACAGAUUAAAUAUAUUAGCACAAAACGUGUCAAACAUAGAUCAUAAUGACAAUCGUUCAUUAUAAACACUAUUGUUAUAUAAUAUGUAAGACACAAAGACUUCAGUAAAUAUUUUUGUAACAUUCACGUCACUAAACCUUGUACUGAAUUGUUGAUAUUCAAUCUACACAAGAAUUCCUAAGCACACUGAUUGUUGGUUGUUAGAAUUAUGUAACGUACUCGUUUUAUGUAAUUAAGUUACAAUUGGGUGUUUGUAAAUAGUAUUAUUAAGCUCUAAUAUAGAAAUAUUUUUAAGAAUAUGCGCUGUGAGUAUUAAAAGAAUUUUGUGCCCAAUUGCUCAAAUCCUGAUUUAGACUCCGAUUUUAUUUGUAUUAAGUACGUAACCUGAAGUAAGGUGGCUUUGAUAAAAUACAAAAAGAUGAAACUAAUCUAAGAAUUAAGGAUUAAGAAUCU